GUUCUUCACUGCAGGACCAAGGUGUGCCAGGGAUCUGUCAUGAACCCCAAAGGUUUGGUCAGAGGUCCCCGCAACAGGCUCACCCCGGGAGAUGAAUUAUUACCUCAAGCAAUAGAGUUCAUCAACCUGUUUUACAAAUCCUUCAAAGAGCCCAGAAUAGAAAAGCACCUCGCACGCCUUGAAACUGUGGCCCAAGAGAUAGAAACAACAGGAACCUACCAGAUGACUGGGGAAGAGCUCAUCUUUGCCACCAAGCAGGCCUGGAGAAAUGCUCCCAGGUGCAUUGGGAGAAUCCAGUGGUCCAAUUUAAAGGUCUUUGAUGCCCGCAGCUGUACAACUGCCAAGGAGAUGUUUCAGCACAUCUGCCGCCAUUUGGAGUAUUCCACCAACGGAGGGAAUAUAAGAUCUGCCAUCACUGUCUUUCCCCAGAGGACGGAUGGGAUGCAUGACUUCCGGAUAUGGAACAGCCAACUCAUCCGAUACGCUGGGUACCCAAUGCCAGAUGGCUCCAUUGUGGGCGACCCAGCCAAUGUGGAGUUCACACAGCUGUGCAUCCAGCUUGGUUGGAAGCCCAAGUAUGGCCGCUUUGAUGUGGUUCCACUGAUCCUCCAAGCCGAUGGCCAAGACCCGGAACUGUUUGAGCUGCCGCCAGAGCUUGUCCUUGAAGUAUCUAUGGAACAUCCCACAUACGAAUGGUUUAAAGAACUGGACCUGAAAUGGUACGCCGUUCCUGCCGUCUCAAACAUGCUCCUUGAGUGUGGAGGACUGGAGUUCACAGCUUGCCCUUUCAAUGGUUGGUACAUGGGGACCGAGAUCGGGGUACGAGACUUCUGCGACGCACAGCGCUACAAUAUCCUUCAGGAUGUAGGGAGGCGGAUGGGCCUGGAAACAAACAAGCUCUCUUCCCUGUGGAAAGACAAAGCUGUGAUAGAAGUAAAUGUGGCCGUGCUGCAUAGCUUUCAGAAACAAAAUGUCACCAUCAUGGACCACCAUUCUGCUGCUGAGUCGUUCAUGAAAUACAUGCAGAACGAGUACCGGAUUCGAGGAGGGUGCCCAGCUGACUGGGUUUGGCUGGUGCCUCCCAUCUCAGGCAGCAUUACACCUGUGUUCCACCAGGAGAUGCUGAACUACAUCCUUUCCCCUUUCUAUUAUUACCAGGUAGAAGCAUGGAAAACGCACGUCUGGAAAGACGAGGGGCGCAAGCCACGGAAAAGAGAGAUAAGAUUCCGAAUCUGGGCCAGGGCUGUGCUUUUUGCAUCGUCGCUCAUGCGGAGAGCCACAGCGGGUAGGAUCAAAGCGACUGUCCUGUACGCAACGGAAACAGGAAGAUCAGAAACGCUGGCCCGGAACCUUGGUGACCUCUUCAACUGUGCUUUCAACACCCGGACGCUGCAGAACACGCUGCUGUCUAUGAAACAACUGAGCAACAGAUUCAGAUACACUGUCUUUGGCUUGGGUUCAAGCAUGUAUCCAGAGUUCUGUGCCUUUGCUCGCACCAUUUACCAAAAGCUCCAGCAGCUGGGGGCAUCGCCUCUCACCCCGAUGGGCGAAGGAGACGAACUCAACGGACAGGAAGAAGCUUUCCGGAUGUGGGCACUCAAUACCUUCAAGAUUGCCUGCAAAAUGUUUGCUAUCCGUGAAAACCACAAGAUCUUGGUUCCGAAAGCAUAUACGUGUAAUUCAACCUGGGAUCCAGAGAAUUUUAGGACUGUGUAUGACUCUCGGCUUCUGGACUUGGGGAAAGCACUUGGUGACGUCCAUGGGAAGAACAUCAUUCCAAUGAAACUAAAGUUUCGGCAGAACCUGCAAAGUUCAAAGUCCAGUCGAGCGACUAUCUUAAUUAAGCUUUCCUGUGAGAGAAAUCAGGAAGUCGAGUAUCUCCCUGGAGAUCAUCUCGGGAUCGUCCCUGGCAACUGCAAAGUUCUCGUGGAUGGCAUCAUCGCCCGAAUCACAGAUGCUCCUCCGCCGGAUGAGAUCAUUAGACUGGAAAGGCGCAGCGAUCGUGGCUACUGGACGGCGGACAGCAAGUUCCCAGCCUGCACCCUCUCCCAAGCCUUGACUCAUUUCCUGGAUAUCACGACUCCGCCUUCCCAACAGUUGCUUCGGAUCCUUUCUCAGCUGGCAAAAGAAGAGAGCGAGAAGGAGAGGCUGGACCUCUUAUCUCAUAACUUGGAGGAGUACAACAAGUGGAAGUUUUACAAUGGCCCCACCUUCCUGGAGGUGUUGCAGGAGUUUCCGUCGGCCGAGGUCUCAACCUCUUUCUUGCUGUCGCAGUUGCCUUUGCUGAAACCCAGGUAUUACUCCAUCAGUUCCUCGCAGGACCAGGAGCCCGGAGAACUCCACCUGACGGUCGCCGUGGUCACCUACAGGACCAGAGAUGGAGAAGGUCCGGUGCAUCAUGGAGUCUGCAGCACUUGGCUGAACACUGUCGACCUAGAGGAGACCAUCCCCUGUUUUGUACGCAGUGCUGAUGGCUUCCGGCUUCCAAAAGACCCACGCGAACCGUGCAUCCUGAUUGGGCCAGGCACAGGAAUCGCCCCGUUCAGAAGCUUCUGGCAACAGCGCCUCUAUGAUUUGGAAAAGAAAGGGAUCAAAGGGAGGAGUAUGAUCCUGUUAUUUGGCUGCCGACACGCCAGCCUGGAUCACCUCUACAAAGACGAAAUGGAAGAAAUGAGAAGGAAAGGGAUCCUCCAGGAUGUCUACACAGCUUACUCCAGAGAGCCUGGCUAUCCCAAAGUUUACGUCCAAGACCUUCUUCAGAAAAAGCUGGAGUCCGACGUGUGCAGGCUCUUGCACAGAGAGGCGGGCCACCUCUAUGUUUGUGGGGACGUCCGUAUGGCCAGAGACGUCGCUAAGACGUUAAGGGAGAUAUUUGCCAGGAAUCUGGGCCUGACGGAGCAGCAUGCCGAAGAUUACUGCUUUCAGCUGAAGAGGCAGAAACGAUACCACGAGGACAUAUUUGGGGCUGUGUUUCCCCACGAGAACCAAAGAGAACUGGAAGAAAUGAAACUUGACAUCAGCAACUGGAGACCUCAACCUCAACUGAAAUUUUAGCCAUAAUUUGCACACUUGUCCACAUUUUCCAUCGUGGUUGGGGGCAAAUUUUGCUUUCUCUCCAUACUCUGCCUACGUGGAGGCGAUUAGCAAGAUUUGUCCCAUAAAUCUCAGCUUUAACAACAACAUCAAAAACGCAAAACACUACAUAUUUAAUUCUAUUUAUUCUGUAAAUUCCUUUUUUAGUUUGUGUAUAUUUUAUCGGAAGCUUAGUCAGCUCUUUUUUAAAAAAGAGAAAAAAGAGAAUAUCUAUUAUUGGACAAAGGAUCUCAGAUUUGUGAUCUGAUUUUACCCUGCAUUACAUGUUUUAGAAAAGGGAACAAAAAGUAAUCUAGAUUUAAAAAUGAAACAAAAGAAAGCAACCAGAUUGGCAGGCAAAAUCAACAGCUCCUACUUAACAAAGGGCAGACUAUUGUGCCUGGUGCAUAUGGAGGCGGGGCACUGAUGAGGCAAAGGACAAUGUCAUUGGUGCAGCUUGGAGGCAGUCUCAUUGGUUGCUCGUCCAGCUGCACCAUAGCCCAGCCCCUCCCAGGAGCCAAUCAGCUGGGCUGGGGGUCUCAGGGGGCGGGGCUUGGAGCAUGGUCUGUUCCUGGUUCAUAGACAGGGCCGUCUUACCCAUAGGCGCUAGGGGUGCGGGGCACCCGGGCGCCAGGCUCUCAGGGGCGCCAGGCCGAGAGUCCGGGGCCCCAGAGUUGAGUCCGGGGAAGAGCCCGCCCAUUGGUUGGAGCGCUGUGGCAGGCUCAUCUGCUGCGGGUGGCUCUGCGCCGCGAAUUUGGGGGCAACUGAGCCAGCAAGA